AACUGGCCAGGUUUAGUCACUGUGGGGGUGGUGACAGAGAGGCAGCAAUCAAGGAUGGCUUUCAAGAUCUUUGGCCCAAGCUGCUGGGUGGAACGUGGUGCCUGUCACUGAGUCCAGCAGCACAGGUGGAGGGGCAGGCAUGCCGAGAGUGGGGAUGGGUGGGUUCACUUUGGGACAUGCAGAGUAGUACUUGCUAUGGGACUCAGCAACUUAUGACUUGAAUGACUUCGCAGAGCUGAUCUAAUCUCUCUGUGCCUACCGUGCCUCAUCUGUAAUAGGAGAAUAAGAAUAAUUAGAAAAAAUUACUGAUUUGUUUCAUUUGUUGAGUCUAGGAGACAGUUCUCCUUUUAUACCACAGAGUGGUAUUUUCUUGUCAGGUCCUCCCAGGUAAAAUGGGAAUGUCUCAACUUGCCCAUACAGUGGCUUGAUUUUACCUAUCUGCUUUUGGUAUCACCACCAUUCGGCAUUUAUUGCCAAUACUAAAAAACAAAACAAACAAACAAAAAAAACAUAAAUUCAAAGUAACUGGUGUUUAUUAUCACGUGUGUGCCAUAAUGGCCUAUCAGCCUGUCUCUCAGACAAACAUACUCUCCCUUCAAAUCCUCUAAUCUUCCUCUUGAAGCCCACCUCUCCUUCCAGGGGAUGGGGUAGGGCCUUUGGGACCCAAGUUCUCUAACACACUCUUUUCUGGGAAGUCAUCUCCAACUGCCUAGGAUGCUGGAUGGGAGGAGGUGAGUGCAACGAGCCUGUGGGGUUGUCAGUUGGCGCAGGAAAUCUGUAGAUUCAGGGAGAGGAUCAAGCCACAUGUAUGGAUUUGGAAAUGACAGUGUAUGGCUGUACAGCACGAAGGGGAUGAAGUCACAGACACCUGGAUUUAAAUUGAGACUCCACCAUUUUUUAAAUAUCUUCUGUGACUUUGGGAAGGUUACUUAACCUCUCUGUGGCUCAGUUACUUCAUUUGUAUAAUGAAAUGAUGAUAAUAUUCUGGGAUAAUAGUUCAUGUUUCCUUCCUUCACUUAAACCACAAAAAUAUUACUUUUUGAGAACUAUAAACUCUGUUCACGGGGUGUCUUCUUCCAGGGUUAAAAAGGAAUCUAUUAUUCAUGUAUCUGCUAGGACAAACGUUGCAUGUCGCUUGACUCCUGACAUACGCCACGGUAAAGAAAUCUCUGCACACUUUCGUGUUCUGGGAAAUCGUUGACCACAAAGGACCAAUAUUAUCCAUGGGACUUAUAUAAGGGAUGCUGCCUGUCCACUCUGUGCCAUGGCUCCCAGAUGGCCGACCCAACCACUCCCUGUUCUUUUGUCUCAGAAAUGAUUCACCUAGACGAGACGUCUGUCCUCCUGAAAGCAGCUAGGCACAGAGAGAAACAUUCCCUGUUCAGCUGGCUGAGACUUCCGCUGAUUACAAAAACAACCCCUGCCCCAUAAAUCUCCCCACUAAAACCGGUCUACUCCUUCCUGUGAAAGUGAAAGACACCCCCCGGCUCCACGCUUACCCCGACAGUGUGGUUUCCCCUUCUGGGGCGCUCUCCCUACGGCAGUAGCCUGAAUAAUUUCAAUGUCUUGAAUUGUUUGGUUUUUGUCUUUAAAGGGUGCCUGUACCGCUCAUGCAAACACAGUAAAUAACGAAAAUGAAACGCCAGGUAUCGGUUCUCAGAGGCGCAACCUAAGGCAAAUCUCCCAGCCAAUCAUAGGAGAAAUCGGCCUCCUCCCGUGUCUCCAGCCCAGUUCCCUCGUCCCUCGCCCAUGAAGUCACAUCCGCUUCCUGGAGUCUCUCCCAUAGCCUCCGGAAGCAUUCGUCCAGUUCAUGAGACACGCUCCCGAAAGGGCCGCUCCAGGAACGCUGCGGCGCACUUCGGGAAAGUGCGGCCUCCACACCUUCUCUGUCUCAGCCGAGCUGGGCGGCGUGGUUCGCGACAAAACACCCAGCCGCUCUCACAUAGACGCCCACUCGCUCCCUCUCCCAGCUCCGGCGGUUCGCGGCAGCCAAUCGAAGAUCCAGUUUCUGGCCUGCGUCGCAUCCCUGUGACGCCGGCUCAACCCCGCCGACGCCAGCUUCCGCGCUGCGGCCCUUCUAGCCUGUCGGUGGGCGGCUCCUCCCGGUUGUCUUAACCCUUCAAUUCAGAGCUGGCCGCGCUGCGUUUCCAGGGCAGAGGAAACGAGGCGCCGCGCUGGCGCCUGGACGGCUGGAACCGGCUCCGGAGCGAGAACGCGCGUGAGAGAGCCCGAGAGAGACGGAGAGCGAGCGAGCGAGCGCGCGGGAGAGACUGAGAGCGGGGGCGGGAGGAGGGGUGGGUGGGAGAGACUUUCAGAGAGACAGGGCGAGAGGCCGAGACCGAGGCUGUCCCUAGCACAGGCUGGGGUGUCUUGGGACUCGAAUCCCUGGGUUGGGCCGGCUGGGAGCGGGGCUUUGGGAGGAAGCGGGUGGUUUUCCCCGUCGUCCAUAUCUCGCCAGUAUGAGAAUGGCGGUCGUGCACUCUGGGGGUGGCGUUGUUCUCUUUCUCUGCUUGGGGGUGGCUCUUUUUCAGCGGAGAAAGAGGAUCCCGAGACGCCGCGGGCAUUCGUAGCCGGCCGGGCUGCACUUGGGCUAGGAUCAUGUUCAACGGGUUCAGAAAUCACCGUGUCCUUGGCAUCACCUCCCUCCCCACCUCCUCUCCCACCGCACAGCAGGAGACACAGUGACUGGAGGGUUUUCAAGGAGGACUGCAUUGCCUCUAUUGAAACAAACCGUCCGACAGACCCUUUCUUGGACGUGUGACAGAGAGACGGUCAUGAUGUGACAUAUGAGUAGACAUGCGUUUAAUGGGCGCUGUGAUUCCUGCAUUCGUGCUCAAUGAAUGGUCCAGGCCAUUUGUGUCCAGUAGCCGCACAAGCUACAGGGUCUCAUGUUUAGAGAAGGAGGGCCUCUCCGCCGUCCACCUUGCUGGAGUACAGGCGACCCUGGGCGGUAGCCCUCUGCGCCAUCAGAAAUGUGGUGCUCUGAGUAGGCACAGAUUUCCAUUUGCAUCUCCAGUACCAUUUCCCUCUACUAACAUAUCCCUGUUGGGUGCGUUGGAUUUGUGCGUGGGUGUGAGGGUAGUUUGGUAUGUUUGCUCGCAAAAGGAAAAGUGAAUGGCCUUCCUUGGCUGAGCUUAUCAGGGCGCUAGCAGUGGUGAGAGAAAGGAUUACUGUAUUCUUAGGAGCAGAAUCUUUACACCUCCCUGUAAAACGGGCAGUGUGUCUUGACCUAGAAUGCUUUGGCAUUUAAUAAAAUGUCCUGUGAAUACUUUCCAUAGGGAAGCACUGUUUUUACUGUUUCUGGUUGGACAGUGGUUAUAUUUCAAAUCGUAGUUCAGAAUUCGUGAAGUACCCAAAUUAAAUCUCUACAUGGCAGUAAUUCAUUUCCUUUCCUUAGUGUGUGGUUGGAAGAUUAAUUUGAGAUAAGUGUUCACUUCUGGGCUGGGCAAUCGUGCCGGGCACGGGAAAUUUAGGUUCUUUAAGGGAAAGGCCUGAUGUGCUAAAAUGAAAUCUAAACCAUAUUUAGCCGCUUAUGAGAAUAUGAAGGUAAGGAGAGCCACAGGUAAGUAUAUGUCUGUGAAUGCGAAUUAAAACGGGUGACAAUAUAAAGAGAGAUUGGUGUCACAAAUAGUGAAGUGGCUUUUGUAUUUCAGCAGACCUCAGUGAGAAUUGGUCACCACCACUCCCUAGGUGUGUGACCUUGAGUGAGUUGCUUAACCUCUCUGAUCCUGUUACCUCAUCUGCAACUGGGGAUGAGAAUAUAUAUCAUAGCAAGCCCUGGGAGAAGCUGUUCCUGGCCACCUGGGCUAUGGUGGUUUUGACUUCUUCUGUGUCAGAAGUACCCCCGUCUCAUGCCUGCCAUAGUUGUCUUUUUGUUUUGUUUUGUUUUGUUUUGGGGGAUGGUCUCACCUGUCACCCAGGCCGGAUUGCACUGGCCUCAACCUCCUGAGUUCAAGUGAUCGUCCUACCUCAGCCUCCCUAGUAGCUGGUACCCCAGGUAUGCAGCAUCAUGCCUGGCUAAAUGUUAACAAUUUUUUGUGGAGACGGUGAUCUCGCCCUGUUGUUCAGGCUGGUCUCAAACUCCUGGGCUCAAACAGUCCUCCCGCCUCAGCCUCCAAAAGUGCUUGGAUUAGAGGCGUGAGCCACCAUUCCUGGCUCCUUGGACAAUAUUUUAUUCCUCAGACUGAGAUGUCUCCUUGGGAUGGGGCUGCAUUGGAUAAUUCACUGAAGGCACCGCUGAAUGGAGUGGGCCCUCAGUAAAUACCUGGAGGAAUGUGACCUGGCCAGUGAGGUUAUUUUCUUUUGUAGGUGAAAGGUGUAGCAGUCACUCGGCCUACACCCACAGCAUCGGCCUCGUGAAUCCAGCGACCUGACUGCCUUGGGAGAAUUGAAGCGAAUGAGAGUGGGGAGUGUGAGAGGUGCGUUCGGUGCAGCAUUUCUGGCAUGGGAACAGAACUGGCCAGGAGGAAGUGACGUCUGGGUUCUGCCCACACACGUUCCUCGCUACCUUCUUGGUGUCUGAGAACCUCCAGCUUCAUCUCCUUUUCUGGACCCGAGGGCCUGGCGGAGCUUCCAGCUGGGACCAGACCUCCAUGGAUCCACUCCAGAAACGGAAUCCAGCAUCGCCUUCCAAAUCUUCCCUGAUGACAGCUGCAGAGACUUCCCAGGAAGGUCCAGCGCCCUCUCAGCCUUCGUACUCAGAACAGCCGAUGAUGGGCCUCAGUAACCUGAGCCCCGGUCCUGGCCCCAGCCAGGCCGUGCCUCUCCCAGAGGGGCUGCUCCGCCAGCGGUACAGAGAGGAGAAGACGCUGGAAGAGCGGCGGUGGGAGAGGCUGGAGUUCCUUCAGAGGAAGAAAGCAUUCCUGCGGCAUGUGAGGAGGAGACACCGUGAUCACAUGGCCCCCUAUGCUGUUGGGAGGGAAGCCAGAAUCUCCCCGUUAGGUGACAGAAGUCAGAAUCGAUUCCGAUGUGAAUGUCGAUACUGCCAGAGCCACAGGCCGAAUCUUUCUGGGAUCCCUGGGGAGAGUAACAGGGCCCCACAUCCCUCCUCCUGGGAGACACUGGUGCAGGGCCUCAGUGGCUUGACUCUCAGCCUAGGCACCAACCAGCCCGGGCCUCUGCCUGAAGCGGCACUCCAACCACAGGAGACAGAGGAGAAGCGCCAGCGAGAGAGGCAGCAGGAGAGCAAAAUAAUGUUUCAGAGGCUGCUCAAGCAGUGGUUAGAGGAAAACUGAGACGUGCACCCACAUGGGAUGGAGACCCAAAGGGACUCAGACGGAGCCGCCGUGUUGGCAGCGCCUGGGUGUGGGCCCAUUUUGGGGACCAAACAGCAAGCUGUGGUCGGAUGAGUGCCAGGACCUGUGUACCGGGACACGUGGGAAUCCUCCCAGCAUGAUGCUUGACCGACCCGAGGAAGGUCCUCAUCUUUCGUGCCUGUCAUUCUCGGAUGGCUGUGAGACAUUCCUUGGCAAGGGACGCUGCGUACCAGCGGUCCUUGCCGCAUCUCACAUGGCUCCUGUGAUGCAUGUUGUCGCUUUCCCACCCGGGAUCUCCAUCUCUCUUCCCUUCCUGCUGUCAGUAAGAGAUCACAUGUCUGUGUAGUGUGAAUGCCUUGUCGCUGUCCCGUGCUUUUGCACCAUUGGGUUGACUGCCUCUGAGAAGCAGCACUAGGCCUGUUGAAAUGCAAUGUGCUGCCCUGAGAUCCAGUUUCAAGAAUGGGCAGCUAAACACAGUGUGGGAAAGGAAUGUGGAAUGAGAACUUGGUGGUUCACCGCUGUACUAUUUGCGUAAAUGUUUAUGUAUGUGAUAAGCUACAUGUAUGUAAAUGUUGCAAUACCCCUAACAGUCGAGUAGUAUUCUCCCUUACAGGAAUUUUUGACGGGGUUCCUUAUCAUCAAUACCAAAUAAAUAGAUGUAGGAAUGGAAAA